AAAUAACACAAACUUAACCUAAAAUAUAAAAUGUUUUUGUUUAUAACAAUUUAAAAAGAUGUUGCAAAAUUGGAACGUUAGGCAGAUCGUGGUCGUCUGUGUUUUUAACGCCCUUCUGUAUUAUUUCUUCGGCGAUCUAUCACAUGGUUUAAUCGCCUCGAUAUUUUACAAAUCGGCCGUGAACAACAAAUCGGAGAGAUUGUAUACAAAAACCGAAUUACAACAGUUUAACGGAGAAAACAACCCGGAAUUGUACUUGUCCAUUUUGGGGAUAGUUUACGACGUGUCAAAGGGUAAAAAACACUAUGGAAAAGGGGAGACCUAUCAUUAUUUUGUUGGGAGGGAUGCUUCAAGGAGUUUUGUGACUGGAAAAUUCAAUGAUGAGGAAGAUAAUGAGUUAGUUGAUGAUUUUGGGUUUGAUGAACUUAAAUCAUUGCAACAUUGGAUUAAAUUCUAUAGAAAAGACUACAAAAGAGUUGGUAAAUUAAUUGGCAAAUACUAUGAUGAAAGUGGUAAAGCAACAAAGUAUAACAAACUAAUAAAAACACUUCUGAAAGACGCAGAAAAUCAAAAACAAAAUGAAGAUUUGGAAAAAAGAAAGUUUCCACCUUGUAAUGUUGAAUGGAAUGCUGAACAAGGAACAAGAUUUUGGUGUACUAAUAGAAGUGGAGGAGUUGAAAGAAAUUGGGCGGGAAAACCAAGGAAAUUAUAUGUAACUGGUGCUGAAAAUUACAGAUGUGCCUGCAUUUCAAGUGAAAACGAAAAACUGGGAAACAUUAAAGCAUUCGAAGGUUGCGACGAGAAUUCGGACAGCUGUUACGUUAAGGAUGUAAACUAAAACUAACUUUAAGUAUUAAUUAUUUAUUAUCAGCGUUGCAUAACGAAUAAAAGUAUUUUUGAACUA